AUAAAAAGGGCACUUAGAGCCUCAUACUCGUUCUUCCUGUUAUUUUCAGGUCGUUUAACAGUUUGUCCCAGCCAUGCCCGAGCCCGCCAAGUCGGCUCCGGCCCCGAAGAAGGGCUCCAAGAAGGCGGUGACCAAGGCGCAGAAGAAGGACGGCAAGAAGCGCAAGCGCAGCCGCAAGGAGAGCUACUCGGUGUACGUGUACAAGGUGCUGAAGCAGGUGCACCCCGACACCGGCAUCUCGUCCAAGGCCAUGGGCAUCAUGAACUCGUUCGUCAACGACAUCUUCGAGCGCAUCGCGGGCGAGGCGUCCCGCCUGGCGCAUUACAACAAGCGCUCGACCAUCACGUCCCGGGAGAUCCAGACGGCCGUGCGCCUGCUGCUGCCCGGGGAGCUGGCCAAGCACGCCGUGUCCGAGGGCACCAAGGCCGUCACCAAGUACACCAGCGCCAAGUGAGCCCGCCUGCUGCAGAGCAAUCGAGGCUCACCUUUUCCGAUGUCACCAAAUCGGCCUCUUCGGGGGUUUCAAGAGUAAAGCAGAUGUGUGGUAUUAAAAAACAAAACCAAUUAACAAAAAGCACAAGGACAUUUUUUUCCAGACUUGAAUAAGGAUAAAAAGUUCCUAUCAACUCCUACAGAGUUUAACAUACAUAAGCUGCAGAAGGGAGAUGUCAACGGUGGGAGCUGCCGGAGAGCUUCCAGGAAUGCCAGAAUGUCCCCAGAAACAGUCUGCGACGCUGAAACGUCCGUUGCGAAGCAUCAGCCCUGGGUAAGCCAGUUGGUCCUUGUGCCUCGUGGAACAGUCCCAAACUCCUUGUCUUCUCAGCAGCUUACCUGUGGACGUGUGAACAAGCAGGGGGCCUUGAUGUGGAGACGAGGUGGACAGCCUUUAAAGGAAAAGGGCCCCUCACCCAGAAGUCCCCCCUAGUGGCUGAUACCCCGGCCAGCUCUGGGUCUGCAGGGGCACCAGUCCGCUGGCUUUGAACUCGGGCAGCAACCAUGAGAUUUACAUUCAGCUUUAGCCCAGUGAACAGAAAAGGCACGGCAGGACAUCGAAAUACAAGUGGUGGUCCCCCUCUGUGGGAUCCACUGUGACACUGGCUGGCUGCCCCUGAGACCUUAAGAACAAAUGGGGACUCAACUCUCCU